AUGAUUAAUUGUAAUUGUGAAAACGUUUGGUAUGGAGAAUAUUGUCAAUAUAAUGGAGGAGGAGAACAAUGUCAAAAUAUAUGUUGUUCAAAUUUUAUUUGCCGUCCAAACGAACGUGGAAUAAUAAAUCAUGAUGAACAAAAACUAUAUUGUUUAUCUUUACCAAAUCAUUAUAGAACAAAUUGUUAUUUUGAAUAUAAUCAAUGUAAAUAA